AUGAAGGGUCACUGCUUUCUUGAUUCCGGUGCCUCGUCCCACACCUUUGCGAACCCUUCCUUCUCCGAUCUUCAGAAGGUGGAUGGCCCCACGCUCGCUAGUAUUGGCAAUGCGGAAUGCCAGACCAUCGGCCUUGGAACAGUCAAACUUCAAUGCCGUGUCGCUGGCCGCGAUGUCACACUUUCUCUCACGAAUGCCCGCUAUUCGCCUGGCGUCGGGGUCAACCUCAUCUGUCUCCCAGCUUGUGAAAAAGGGAGCUACGGUCACUCACUGAAAAGGGCGCGGAAAUCAAACGCGGUACCGGGCGACUUAUCUGCUCCAUGA